GUCGAAGAACUCAGGUAAAAUUGCCUGGAAACGGACGGCGACGGUUGAAUUCCAGUGAAGCGAUCUACCGACGCCGACAUGUGGAGCUCGGGCUUGGGAAAUCCGCUGGAGAUUAGGUUUAGCAAGCCGGCGAAGCAUUGGACAGAUGCUCUUCCAAUCGGGAACGGCCGGCUUGGCGCCAUGAUCUGGGGAGGUGUUCAGUCCGAAACUCUCAAUCUCAAUGAGGACACCUUGUGGACUGGAAUGCCAGGCGAUUAUACUGAUCCUGAUGCUCCCAAAUCACUUGCUGUCGUCAGGAAACUCGUUGAUGAUGGCCAAUAUGCUGAGGCCACCAAAGCUGGAUCCAAAUUAGUGGGUAAACCAAACGAGGUUUAUCAGCUUAUUGGAGAUAUCAAGCUGGAAUUUGAUUCUUCACAUGCCAAUUAUAAUGAAGAAACAUAUCAGAGAGUCUUGGACUUAGAAACUGCAACAGUGAAAGUAAAAUAUUCCACAGAUGGAACAGAAUUUAUAAGGGAAUACUUUUCCUCAAAUCCAGACCAGGUGAUUGCAGCAAAACUAACUGCAAACAAACCUGGUUCUAUUAAUUUCACCAUGUCAAUGGACAGUCAAAUGCAACAUUGCUCUCAUACAAAUGGGAAAAAUCAGAUCAUAAUGGAAGGUAGUUGUCGCGGAAAAAAUGAGAGCCUGGAAGAUGGCAUUCAAUUUUCAGCAGUUUUAGAUUUACAGAUAAGUAGUGGAUCAGGGACAUUUAGAGUUUUGGAUGAGAAGAGACUUCAGGUCGAGGGUUGUGACUGGGCUAUCAUACUUUUGGCGGCAUCUUCCACAUUUGAUGGGCCAUUCACCAAGCCAUCAGAAUCGAGGAGGGAUCCCGUUUCAGAGUCUCAAAAAACAUUGAGUGAUAGUAAAAGAUUUUCGUAUUUGGAAAUUUAUUCACGCCAUCUGGAUGACUAUCAGAAUUUAUUCCAGCGUGUCUCACUGAAUCUUUCCAAAAAUAAUGAUGGAAAAUUAUCCAAAAGUUGUAAUGGUUUAAGGCCAACAGCUGAGAGAGUGAAAUCCUUCACAGCUGAUGAAGAUCCUGGUUUGGUGGAGCUUUUAUUCCAGUAUGGGCGAUAUCUACUAAUUGCUUGUUCACGCACUGGAACUCAGGCAGCAAACUUGCAGGGUAUAUGGAACAAUGAUAUGGAGCCAGCAUGGGAGGCUGCCCCUCACUUGAAUAUCAAUCUUCAGAUGAACUACUGGCCUGCUCUCCCUUGCAAUCUCAAGGAGUGUCAACAACCUCUACAUGACUAUAUAUCACUUCUUUCAUCCAAUGGAAGCAAAACUGCGAGCGUGAACUAUGAAGCUAGAGGCUGGGUUGUACAUCACAUAUCUGAUAUAUGGGCAAAAACAUCCCCUCAUCCAGGCAAUGUGGAGUAUUCUAUAUGGCCCAUGGGUGGAGCAUGGCUCUGUACACAUCUGUGGGAGCAUUAUAUGUUCACAAUGGACAGGGAUUUUCUGGAAAAGACAGCAUAUCCCUUGUUGGAAGGAUGUACUUUAUUUCUACUGGACUGGUUGAUUGAAGGAAGAGAAGGAUAUCUGGAAACUAAUCCUUCUUCUUCUCCCGAGCACAAUUUUAUUGCCCCUAAUGGUGAAAUUGCCAGUUUGAGUUACUCAACCACCAUGGACAUGUCAAUCAUCCGAGAAGUUUUCUCUGCCAUUGUUUUUGCUGCUAAGGUUUUGGACAGAAAUCAAGAUGAUCUGAUAUUGAGGGUUCAAAAUGCUCAGUCACGUCUUUGUCCAACCAAAAUUUCGAAGGACGGUUCUUUAAUGGAAUGGGCAAAAGAUUUUGAGGAUCCUGAGGUGCAUCAUCGUCAUCUCUCACAUCUUUUUGGCCUAUUUCCAGGGCACUCAAUAACACCUGAAAAAAACCUUGUCCUUUGUAAAGCUGCAGAAAACACUCUGUAUAAAAGAGGAGAUGAUGGUCCUGGGUGGUCUACGGUGUGGAAGGCUGCUCUUUGGGCACGCCUUCUUGAUAGUGAACGAGCAUACCAAAUGGUCAAGCAUCUCUUCUCAUUGGUGGAUCCUGAACAUGAGGCCAGUUUUGAGGGAGGGCUUUACGGUAAUCUAUUUGCUGCUCACCCGCCAUUCCAGAUAGAUGCAAAUUUUGGCUUUACAGCAGCCGUGUCGGAGAUGCUGGUUCAGAGCAGCAUGACAGAUUUAUACUUGCUUCCCGCGCUCCCUCUGCAUAAAUGGCCGAACGGCAGCGUCAAGGGCUUAAAGGCCCGUGGUGGCGUGACGGUCAGCAUCUGUUGGAAUGAAGGUCAGCUUUACCAAGUUUGCCUUUGGUCAUGUGCUCAAAGUUGUACUUUUACAAGAUUACAUUAUAAAGGAAUCAGUAUCACAUUGAACAUAUUGCCUGGAAGAACCUACACAUUCAACGAGGAGCUGGAGACUGUGAGUGUGAAGGAUAUACACUAGUUAGUUAGUCCAAUAUGUUAUGAAUCUAUGACACCUUUUAUUAUGUGUAUAAAUGUAUAAUCAUUGAGCCGUUUGUAUUAUUCUUCUUUUAAGAAAAAAAACUAUAUUCCCUGUGCACAAAAUAAAGGGAGAAGUUGAUG